CAAGGGAAGUCCAACCGACCAACGGCUGUGCUUCAAAUUAUCCGGUGAAAUUAAAGACAUACUAAUUUUCAACCCGAAUUUGUGGCCGUGGCGGGAAGUUCAAACCACUUUCCGGCUAUGUUCUCGCCGGCUAUCAUUUCUCAAUCACCGCCUUGUUUAACUUUUCAACCAACGUCAACGUCACUAUCCACACGGCGGACCUGUUCCAAAUGGAACCUCACUACUUUCAACCGUUGUAAAAGCUCCACAAGUUUCCCGUUCAAUUUUGUCGAAGACCAUUCCAAGGCUUUGCCGGUCGCUUGCGCAACGGGAAAAUGUACUACUACUGAAGAAUACGCCGAUGUAGAAUCUUGCAGCAAUCAGUCGGUGAGUGGAUGUUUGAGUCCCUAUUUGAUUGGGGUUUGGCUUCGCUCUAGUCGUAGCGUCAAGAAAUUAAGGGCGGUACAUGCUUUCAUUUUGCGAAAUUUUACAAGUUUUGGGAUCUAUGUUGGAAACAAUUUGCUUAGUUCUUACUUAAGAUUGGGAAUGUUGGUUGAUGCUAGAAAGGUGUUCGAUGAAAUGCCAAUGAGGAGUGUUGUGACCUGGACGGCUAUUAUUAAUGGAUAUAUUGAUUUGGAUUUGACUGAAGAAGCUUUAGCGUUGUUCAGUGAUUCGGUCAAGAGCGGGGUGCUAGCAAAUGGGCAGAUGUUUGUUUGCAUCUUGAACUUGUGUGCUAAGAGGUUGGAUUUUGAGCUUGGGAGGCAAAUUCAUGGCGUUAUUGUGAAAGGUAAUCGCGGGAAUUUGAUUGUUGACAGUGCCAUUAUUUACUUUUAUGCACAAUGUAAAGAUAUUUCCAGUGCUUUUGUUGCAUUUGAACGUAUGCGGAGGCGUGAUGUUGUUUGUUGGACUUCCAUGAUAACUUCUUGUUCCCAACAAGGGCUUGGACGAGAAGCGAUUUCGAUGUUUUCAAAUAUGCUAAGCGAUGAAUUUCUACCAAACGAGUUUUCCGUAUGCAGUGUUCUCAAGGCUUGUGGAGAAGAGAGGGAAUUGAAGAUUGGGAGACAGUUACAUGGUUUGAUAAUUAAGAAAAUAAUCAAGAAUGAUGUUUUUGUUGGGACUUCAUUGGUUGAUAUGUAUGCCAAGUGCGGAAACUUGGCAGAUUCUAGAGAAGUAUUCGACGGGAUGAGGAAUAGGAACACGGUUACCUGGACGUCAAUCAUAGCUGGUUAUGCACGGGAGGGGCUCGGUGAGGAGGCUCUGAACCUCUUUAGGUUGAUGAAGAGGCAAAGGAUUCCUGCCAAUAACUUAACCAUUGUAAGUAUUCUCCGCGCUUGCGGUUCGAUUGAGGCAUCAUUGACUGGGAGGGAAGUUCAUGCCCAGAUUGUAAAAAAUUCAUUUCAAACUAAUAUACACAUAGGAAGCACUCUAGUUUGGUUCUACUGUAAAUGUAGGAAUCAACUUAAGGCCUCGAUGGUUCUUCAGCUGAUGCCGCUAAGAGAUGUGGUUUCUUGGACAGCCAUCAUUUCUGGAUGUGCUCAUCUUGGGCACGAGUCCGAGGCGCUUGAGUUUCUAAAAAACAUGAUAGAGGAAGGUGUUGAACCAAAUUCCUUUACUUAUUCGUCAACUUUAAAAGCGUGUGCCAAGAUGGAAGCUGUCCUCCAAGGGAAAAUGAUCCACUCUUCCGCAAACAAAACAUCUGCGUUGUCCAAUGUUUUUGUGGGAAGUGCACUGAUUUACAUGUAUGCAAAAUGUGGAUAUGUAACCGAAGCUUCUCAAGUUUUCGACAGUAUGCCGGUGAGGAAUUUGGUUUCUUGGAAGGCCAUGAUUUUGUGUUAUGCUAGGAACGGUCUGUGCCGAGAGGCAUUAAAGCUCAUGUAUCGGAUGCAGGCGGAAGGUUUCGAAGUGGACGAUUACAUUCUUGGAACAGUUUAUGGAGCUUGUGGAGAUGUGAAAUGUGAUGUGGAUUCAUCACUUGAAUAUAGGUUGCAAACUCAUUGACCUCCCAGUUACAAUGGUUAUCAAGACUCAGACAUUCAACGACGGAAAUCUUGCCAUCUUGAGGAGGUUUGCACUUGUUCAUCCUGUUUCAUUUGGAAUGCCAAUGAUCUGAAUAACUUUCUUGUGCUCUUAUCACUCCAUAAAUCAAAAGUUUUGAAGAGGGGAGAAACAAAUAAUCAAACUCUAACCCCACCUAGCUGAGAUGUUUUAUCUGCUCCAUGCAUCAUGUAUUUUACAACCCAACCCUACUUAAUUGUAAAAAUAUUCAAUGUAAUCUUUGUAAAUCCAUACCCAUCUAGUUCUAUGAAUACCCCUACUUAAAUUUGCUUUUCAUAUGAUAGAACCCUAUGAAUCUUUAGAAAUGUUAUUUUUCUUACACCAUGUAGACCAAAUGAUUCAAACUUUUGAUCACGAGUAUAUGUCUUAACCAUCUUUAAGAUUGCUUAGAUUA